UUGAUUAAAAUAGUAUAGUCAACCACAAACGUCGUGCACUACUCCCUCGUAGUUCACAAACACAUCAACAUCAUGGCUAAGGUAGUCAAGAUUUUGUUACUCUUUGUAAGCUGUUUGAUGUUUGUAAAUCAAGCUGUAAUUAUAACCACAAGUACCACCGAUGCGGGGAUCAUCAAAGGCAAAACAAAAACAGUCUCUAUUGACGAUAAUAAUGUGACCAUUGUACAGUAUUUAGGUAUCCCUUUUGCCGAGCCCCCCGAGCGUUUCAAGCAUUCCGUUUUAAAAUCAAGAAAUGUAACCGAUGUAUUUGAAGCCUACGAUUAUGGUCCAUCUUGUCUUCAAGUUAUCUAUGUGGCUGGUCAAUCAACAAAAAUGGACGAGGAUUGCUUGAGGUUAAACAUUUUUACACCAUAUAACGUUUCUCGGGGGAAUCAACAAUACCCCGUAAUGGUCUUUAUUUAUGGCGGUGGCUUCGUUUCCGGUGAUUCUUCCUUAUAUGGAGGUGAACUACUGACAGGUUACACCGAUGUGAUAUUAGUGACCAUCAACUAUAGACUUGGACCUUUUGGAUUUUUAUCGACCGGGGAUGAACAUGCUCCUGGAAAUGUUGGAAUAAUUGAUCAGCGAACUGCCCUAAAAUGGGUGAACGCUAACAUUGAUAGUUUUGGUGGAAACAGCUCUAUGAUAACCAUCUUUGGAUCAUCUGCUGGGAGCUCCAGCGUUAUGUAUCACAUGCUAUUUGAAAACGAGACAUUAUUUCAAAGAGGUAUAGCUCAAAGUGGCUCCUUAAAUUCACCAUUUGCCCAAUCCACACCAGAAGGAAAUUUUAAACAGGCCAAAAAAUUAGCUAUGCGGUUUAAUUGUUCGUUACCGCCAAUAGACAGAGAAAUAACCAGUGAGCAGAUUGUGAAAUGUCUUCAGAACGCUACAGUACAGGAUAUGCUGAAAUAUGGAUAUGGUCUAGAAGAUUUUACCUGGGCUCCGAGUUUCCCGCUUGAUAAAUUAGACACCGUCCAUUGGCCACAGAAGCCCAACCAUACAGGUGAAUUAAAAAAUAUUUAUCAGAGCAAAGAUUUGUUACUGGGAACCGAUGGAUAUGAAGGACAUUACAUGUUUCAAUUCGUCGGGGUUGGCAUGAUUCAAAAGAUGAAAAAUGGAUCCAUUGAAGAUUUGCGAAAUCUUUUCCGCCAUUUUAUCAGAAAUUCUGACGUUUUAAAGACGAGAGCUCCCGAUUCCAACUCAUUAGAAGCUCUGGUGGAGGCUGCGAUGCAUCUAUACACGAACGCCGAGAAUCCCAACGACGUGAAUUUUAAUUUAAAACAAGUCAGUGAUUACUUGACGGAUAUCUGGUUUCUUCUGCCUGCUUAUAAAGAUACAGCAAGUCAUUCCUAUAUGAACGGUAAAACUAAAACCUACCAGUAUGAAUUCAAUCAUCAGUAUCCUUACAUGCCUCCGGGAAACGAAUGGUUGAAAGGGGCUACACAUGGUCAGGAGCUGAUUUACAUAUUUGGGUUCCCAGAUUCUAUGAAACUCAAUGGAUUUACAAAGGAACAGGCAGCGGCUGAAUGGCCAUUUUGUAAAAUCGUAAUGGACUAUUGGACUAACUUUGCUAAAUCAGGAAACCCGAACAAACCCAGGGCUGUACCACAAGAAUGGAAACUCUACACCAACGAUAAACAAGAGUAUUUGUAUUUUCCCAACUCGGGGAAUCCUGAAAUCAAGACGUACAUACACGCUAGACGAGUCACAUUCUGGCAGGAUUAUAUUCCUCAACUUCUGAAACGAACAACACUACCACCACCACCACCACCCAAGUGUCCUACUUCAUCUGCAACUCAAAAUCCUUUGAAUGGUUGUCUGUAUAUAAGUCUUGUAUUCAUAUUUUGUGUAUUUUACCGACAUUAUUGAUAAAUGAUGGAACUAGGGCGGUGGUGGGUGGAGUGGUUAUCUUCCAGUCAUUAUUAACCCCUUCGCUAAUCUCGAUCGGUCUAGUCCAAAUAGCCGUCUCUUCUACAAUUUAAAAUGUAUAAUACAAGUUGUACCGUGUGUAACCUGUGUACGUCUUACGGCUGGUCAAAUAAAAAAUAUAACUGAACUAAACUAGAAUUGAUUGUUAACACACAAAAAAAUCCCAUAGGUUACAGAGUGAUCUGUAUUCGUGAACAGCCAUACAAUCAGGAAUCGUAUGCACAAUAAACAAUAUUUUGUAUAGACAAAGUAGAUGUAGUCGAGGAGAAGGCAAUUUAUGCCUGAAAAAUCGAGAGCACUCAUUCUCAAGAUCAUCUACCACAGAUAUAUUAUUUUUUACACCCAAGUCGCCAUGUACACUUCUGGAAAUCAAAUUGUUUUUUUUUUUAACUAAAUUGUUUUUUUUUUGCUAUGAAAUGAACUAGAAUACUGCUUGGGUCAAUAAUAUGGUUGCAGACACUACCCGAGCGUCUGUGUCAUCAGAUCCAAGAGAAGGAACACAUGUUCGUUUGUGGGUUUUUCUCACACACUUGUUUAAUAUCGCGUAUGCUAUUAACUGUGUAAUAGACAAGUCAAAUGCCGUUCACUUACACAAUUUAUUCAUAUUACUGUUUGCAUUUUUGAAGAUUAUGUACAUACAAUUCGGUGGUUUCUCUGAUGGCCGCCAUUUUGAAUCUGAAGAAUCCGUUUUGGGGGGAGAAGAAGCCGUUUAGUUAAAUCGGAUUAGUUAGGGAAAAGAAAGUUAGGCCGAUGUGGUAGGGCAUUGCCACUAGAAAGAUUGGUCUGUAGGGAAUCCCGGCUUAGAGUUAGUAAUUAUCUCCCACUAACCCUAAACUUAAUCCUUCUGGGAUCCAGAGAGAGAGAGAGAAAAUAUCAUUCAAAUUACUUUACUCUGAGCGAAGUUAUCACUGUUUGUAGUUUUGACAAGAUGUGUGCAUUAAUUGUUUAUUUUCGUUACCAUGGUACUUAGGUACUGGUUAUUCGAGACUUAGCCUCACUUCUUCAUUUAUAAAUUAAAUGGCCGAACCGUUCUAAUCUACUCAAUAUCGGAGCCAUCCCAUGGCUGAUUGUGGUCUUGGCUGUUAAUAAAUGUCUAAUUAAUAUUCUAUACAA